AUGCGAACUGCUUCUGGAUCGACUGCUGCUACCUCGGUCGCAAGCGGAAGCGAAACCAAACACAAGUCCAUCACUGCAUUAUGCGCUUUGGAUAUUCCUACAGUCAAGAUAGGAUCUCAGGAGGAUCCCUCCGUCGCUAUUAACAACAUUCAAGAAGCCUUUCUCACUAAAAUUACGGGAGUAACGCUCGAAAAUUUUCUUCGGUGGAACGAAUCGGAAUCAAGACGUGGCCGGCUGUUUUUUUACAGUUCUGAGUACGAGGUACUCAUUAUCAAAUACCCUUCUGCGAUCCAUGAGUAUCUCCAUCUUGGUCUUUGCCACAAAACCACACGCAACCUGAGCGAGAAUCUUGAUAAGGAGAUCAUCCCACUUGGAUCUACAACAUUCAAAAGGAUGCAAGGCGGAAAUAUUGCUGCUACUGCUGCUGGGGAAGGAGAUUCAAUCCUUAGGCUUGCAGAUAGGGGAAAGAAUAAUGGAUGGCCUACUGUUGUCAUCGAAGCUGGUUGGACGCAGAACAGAGCAGCCUUAGUUGCUAAGGCACAUUGGUGGUUUGAAGCAUCAAACAACGCAGUCAAGACUGUGCUCUUAAUCAAGGCAACACCACUGCAAAUCCAAAUUGAGAAAUGGAAAACCAGUCCUUUACCAAGACCUAUUACCCGACUCUACCAGAGAGAAGCAACUAACCUAUAUCCGAAAAUACAUCCGCCUAUUCUGACAAUCAGUCGAGCCUCAGCUAAUAGUCCUCCUAACGAAUACAGGGUGACUGGCACUCCCUUACGGCUGGAGUUCCGUGAUGUAUUUCUCCGGGACCCAGUACCACCUGAAGGAGAUAUCUUGGUGGAGGAGAGUUUUUUUCGGAAAUGUCCUGCUCGUCAAAACCAUAAAGGACGCGAGCUGCCGGAUACCGAGGGCAGAGGUUGCCCAGUAUGGUGGGGUCAAGGAAAGAACGUCAUAUGUCAACCUGUUCUACGAGCUGCAGGAGGGAAAUGGAGAAACAAAGAGGGAGACGUCAUGUAUGAUACUGGUGCUGUUGUCCCAAAGGGUGUUUGGUGGAAAUGCCUGGUGUAG